CGAGGGAGUAGGAGGUCCGGGUCGCCAUAUUGGCUGAUUGUGCGAGCCUUCUGUCGUCGCCGUGAGAGCUGAGCUGUCGUCCGCCCAGCUGAGACGUUAACGCGCGCGCGAAAGAGCUUCUCGGCUCUAUCGAAACGUGAUUUCGAGGACAGGCCGGCACCGGGAAUUACGAAAUCAAUAGAUCGAAGGGAACCGGAUCGGAACCGGCGACACGUCGUAUAUUUUUCUUUCUCGGUGCUCGUUCGCUCGGGCUUAUUUCGCCAGUUCCCGCGGUUGGUGUGUGCGUGUGUGUGUGUGUGACACGUUGUUCGACGCUGUCGUCGAACCCGGAGAACAGUCUCUAGGAGUGAUAAUAUACACGGUCGUUGGACCGUAAGGUGCGUGAGCUUGGGAAAAGUUGAGUGUGACAGCAGCAACGACAGUAUGGCGGGACAGACGAUAAACGACAGGUUGCUAGCAGCGAGACACAGUCUCGCCGGGCAGGGCCUUGCGAAAUCUGUGUGUAAAGCCACCACCGAGGAGAUGAUAGGUCCGAAAAAGAAGCAUCUCGACUAUUUACUCCACUGCACGCACGAGCCGAACGUGUCGAUACCACAGCUGGCGAACCUGCUGAUAGAACGGUCGCAGAACACAAAUUGGACGGUCGUUUUCAAAGCUUUGAUCACGGUUCACCAUAUGCUCUGUUACGGCAAUGAGAGGUUUAUGCAGUAUCUGGCAUCCACCAGCACGUUUCAGCUCAGUAAUUUUCUUGAUAAAAGCGGCGUGCAAGCAGGAGCACGUAUUGGCUACGACAUGUCGCCGUUCAUCAGGCGGUACACAAAGUAUCUCAACGAAAAGGCGCUCUCCUACAGGACCGUGGCGUUCGAUUUCUGCAAAAUGAAGAGAGGGAAGGAAGACGGCACCCUGCGCACAAUGAACGCCGAGAAACUGUUGAAAACCUUGCCAGUCUUGCAGUCGCAGCUGGAUGCGCUGCUGGAAUUCGACUGCACUGCCAAUGAUCUCACAAACGGCGUUAUAAACAUGGCUUACAUGCUUCUCUUCCGGGAUUUGAUUCGAUUGUUCGCUUGCUACAACGACGGCAUUAUUAAUCUGUUAGAAAAGUAUUUUGAUAUGAAUAAGAAGCAGUGCCGCGAAGCUUUAGACUUGUACAAGAAGUUUCUCAUACGAAUGGAUCGGGUCGGUGAAUUCUUGAAGGUCGCCGAGAACGUCGGUAUCGAUAAAGGAGAGAUACCUGAUCUAACAAAGGCCCCAAGUAGCUUAUUGGAUGCGUUAGAGCAGCAUCUUGCCUCGCUGGAAGGAAAGAAGGGUUCCGCGGCAAAUACUCCCACGCAGUCUGCAAGCAAUAGAACGAAUGUAAAGUCGGGAGUGUCCGCCCUGUCUUCCACCAGUACUGCGUUUGGAACAGCAGCCAGUAAUAACCUCGACCACACCGGAAAUGGACAUAUCGACGAAGCGUUGCGACAGCAGGCCCUCGCGGAAGAGGAGGCCGCCAUGAAUCAGUACAAGGCAAAAGUGCAAUCCCUGACGACCGGCCCGAGCACAAAUCCAUUCCUCAGUUCGCCGACGAACAAUGCCGAUCAGCCAAUCGUGGAUUUGUUUGGAGCACCAACGGCGACAGCUGACAAUCAGUCGCAGAAAGCGUCAGACGAUCUGCUCCAGUUAGCAGGCAAUCCUUUCGCGGAUAUGUUUGGCGGUCCGCAGCCUGCACCUGCACAAACUGCACAAGCGCAGAACAAUAUGUGGAUGACUAACGGUAACGGUUUCGCAGCAGCGCCACCAGCAAAUAAUAACUUUGUUACAGAUAACAGUUUCUCUUCCGUGUUCGGUAAUCAAGACUCUCAAUCUGCUGGUGCUCCAGGAGCGGCCGGAUCCGUACUGAAUCCCUUCAUGCCCGACUUCCCCUCCCUCGGUUCCCAGCCACCGCAGUCGAACGCAGCCGGUUUCGGUCUCUUCGAGCAGGGUGCCGCGGGCGCCGCGAACGCGUCGAGCGGCGGCGAGAGCCAACAGCAAUCGCAGUCUGGCGACCUGUUCAGUGCUGGCGGCCAGGCAGAUCUCUUUGGGGGCGACUCUGCAGUGCUCAAGACCACGGAGGGAGCCGCCGGGGACGGUGCCGGCGAGACGACGUCCUCUGCGGCUCUGGCCUCCGGUAAGUCCACUGCCACGCCGCCUCCCAGACCGCCGCCUCCCGCGACAGCAACGAACGGUACACCCAGACCCUCAUCUCCGACAGUUCACGGAGCGGCGGUCGGGAAACCUGGCACAGGAACGACCGGUGGAUCCGCCGCCGCCGCUCCUAGCAAGAGCGCGCUCGACGAUUUGAACGAUAGUAUUCGUAUGGCACUGGGCGGGUCUCCAUCCCGACCGGCACCCGUCGCUCAGCAACAUCCAGCCGCGCAACAAGCACAGCAACCGCCAAAGGGUUUCGGCAUGUUCGAUAUGGCCGCUAAUAUGCCCGCCACCGGGCAACCCGUUGUGCCCGGCGGACCGAUGCCCGGCUACGGUAUCCCCACCCAAGUCCCGGCGGGGUACGGUUCCCCGGCGAAGCAGCCGAUCUCAGCAGCAGGACAGCAGCCGAACGCAACGUCCACUGGCAAAGUCUUGACCGGAGAUUUGGACAGUAGUCUCGCUAGUCUUGCCCAGAAUUUGACUAUCAACAAGAGUGCGCAGCAACAAGUCAAGGGAAUGCAGUGGAACUCGCCUAAAAAUGCUGCCAAAACGGGUGGACCGGCCGGAUGGACACCUCAGCCUAUGGCGGCUACAACGGGCGCUGGUUAUCGUCCAAUGGGUCAAGGAAUGACGCAACUUCCUCCAACUACCCUGGGCUUCCCUCCCCACUCCGCGCCAUUGGGAAUGCAAGGUGUGCCAAUGGGCAUGCAGGGCAUGAGGCCAAUGAUGAACACAAUGCCUGGUGGUCCUGGUGGCAUGAUGGUUGCGGUAGGAGGUGCCCCAAUGAUGAUGCCCAACGCGAAUCCUAUGAUGGGUGCUAAUCUUCAACAGCAACAGCAACCGCAGCAGCAGCAGCAGCAACAACAACAACAACAACAACAACAACAACAACAACAACAACAACAACAACAACAACCCCAGGCUGCUGCACAGCCACAAAAUAACGCAGUUCAGCUAGAUCCGUUCGGUGCUCUGUGAAGAGAUUAGGAGUUCGGAUUGGAACCGAGCGGACGAAGCACCAACUCUGUAAAUACCGUGUAAUAUGCCUAGAAAAUGUGCCCUGCUUGCUCUCGUUAUUCUACGUAAUCCGUAAGGAUCCGGCCCCGUGUCCGCGAAGUCUGCUAAUUGGAUCGUCCUCCGAGGAACGGGACGGCGAUGACGGAUCAUCCGUUAAUAUUUCUACUGCUGAUCGAGUAUAAUCGCAUAUACGGGUUUUACUCACUUUUACGGCGGUUGCCUUAAAGGAGAUACGCGUAGUCUCAGAGUAUACACACACACAAUUCUACGAGGCGACUAAAGCAAGAUAGAGAGAGAGAGAAAAGAGAGAAAAGAGAGAGAAAGUUUAGAGAACGAGUUACAAACAAGCCGUAUUGCGUUUAGAAUUCCAUGAUCGUGGAUGCGACUAUUCCGUAAGAGUUGACUGUGAUAGUAUUGCAUCGACAUUGUAGCGUUUUCCAGUUGAUCCCAGGACGGGGGUGACACCGAUUGUAACAGGAGAGAAUGUGCGUGUAAAAGAGAGAGAGAGAAUGAGAGUAUGGGUAUGCAUGGGAGAGAGAGUGAAAGGGAAAGUCAUAAACGGCGGCCAGGAAGAAAUUUUUGUUCUUUUUUCGUAGCAAAGGUAGAGAGUUUAAGUAGCAGUACCCACAAAGCUUUAUACAUACUGGAAAGGUGUCGAGUAAACGGAGCAUCUCUGUACGAAGAGAGCGCGUUUGAUCGGUUCGUCGUGAUUCUAAACGUACAUACGCCGAGAAAAUUAUAUAUAUAUAUAGUUGGCUGAUGCAUGUAUCCAUAUUAUUGUAAAAUUUGCGUACACCGCGUGUACGAAACCGCGCGAAAGAUACAACGUUGAAGCUAUAAAUAUCUAACAAACAAACAAAAAAAAAAAAAUUAUAUAUAUAAAUAUAUAUAAAUAAAUGUAUAUGUAUAUGGGCGUAAUCCUAAACUGGCGCACCCGUGUUGCUCUCCACGUUUCAUUUCCGUACUCUUUAAGGUGUAAUCUUUUGAUUUCGACUCAGGGCGCUGAAGCAGUUACGACGUAUCCUUUGUUAAAGUAUUAAAUACUAUACGAUAUAUGCGACAUCAUACAUACAUGCAUACGUACAUAAAUACACACGCGCGCGUGCGCGCGCGAUUAUAUAUUAUACACACACAUAUAUACAUAUACAAUAUACAUAUUAUAUAGGUAGAGAGUGCAUGAGAGCGAGAGCGAGUGAAAGAUGAAUGGAAUAUUAGUUGGUCUCACUAAUGUUCUCUAUCCGUAUACCGUUCCGAAUUGUCUUAAUUAGGUAAUUAAACGAACUAUGUACACAAAGUUAAGAUUAUGAUACUCAUAUGAUUAUUAUGAAUGUAAUAUCGCGAGUCUACGAUUCAGUAUGGUACUAUUAAUAUAGUCAAUAAUUCCUGUUCUAAGGUCUAAUUCGGGAUUCGUUUCGUCCCUCGGCAGACGCAGAUACCUCCACGAAGAAUUGUUCGCUGUUCGCCGAGUGUCGUUUAUUUUCGUCCGAAGGCUGCACCGAAUCCUAACCGGGAGACCAAUUGCAUCAACAUUUUAUCUUGUUUUCCGUGGCGUUGUAAUCCCCCCACACGCUUUGUGGUUGAUUUGAACGGUAUUCGUGAGAGUAGUCGUGUACAGUGACAGGGAGAGCCAAGAAAAAAUCGGAUUUGAAGCGAGAAUGUUUUGGUCGUGUUGUUUCGACUGUUGCGGGUUGCGAUCAUCAAUGAAACUCUGAACUUUUAAGUAUAGGGAAUUUAAAGAAAUACCAGUGAGUUACGUGGACCCACAAAGCAUACAAAACAGGUGCAAAUGAGUUUGUAAGAAAAUUUUGUUGUUAAGUUCUAAUCAGGAAUCCUGCUUCGUUAUAUGUUAGAUCGUCUGGAAAGUUCGAGGUCCAUGUUUCUCACCUUGUAUCUUCUUUUACGUUCAAAUAUAGUCUUCGUCUUGUUCGAUAAUCUUUUCCCAUUUCUUUGGUGAUUUCAAUGCGGGGGAAUAAGGUGGAUGUUAUCAAAUUUCCCAGCCAAAUUUUUUUUACACGGUUCUGAUUCAUGAAUUGUGGGCGUUGAUUAGUUUUUAGGAGUUUAUAGUAAACAACACCUCAGUAAUCUCAUCAAACACUCAAGAGUUUGCGUGGGUGUAAUCGUACUUUCGCCACCUUUUGAGGCAUUUCAUUUGUUUUCCACCAACUCUCUUUCCUUUUUGAAUUCUCAAAUAAAAUCCAUUUCUCAUCUCUGUUCAUAAUUCGUUUAAAAAAUGGUGCAGUUUUGAUUUCAUUCCAAGUCUUUUUACUGGAGAUUUUGCACAUUUCAAUUAGAAUUCACUAAUGAACAAAUAACAUUGUCGUCUACGGUAGAUGGUCGUUCUUCAUCUUCUCAGCAAUAAUUUCCUCGUCUAAAAUAGCUUUCUAUAAGUGCAAUGAGAUACAUUACACUUUCCAUAUACACUACAAAUGCUUUUUGCAUUACUCAAGAAAAAAAAAAGAAAUUCGCUAUGCCUGAAACAGCACAAACAUUCCGGACGAAUUCAUACAAAUCGAACUUGACUAUUUAAAACGCUUCCUUAUUGUUAGAAUAAUUGGUCCGUAGUAAAACUUUGUAAUAACUAGACUGCGGAUCUUUAUGCAAAUUCAUAUUUUUAUUAAUAGAAUUAAUAAAAUGGAAGCUUUGUAGAUGAUUGUCUCAACCCUUAAAUAUAACAAUUCGUAUCUUACUUUAAGUAUUUCUUAUAUUUUUGCAUAUUAAGUGCAUUCUGUAGUUUCUUGAGAAUUAAAAUUCCCCAUAAAUGCAUAAACAUCCGCAGUCUAGUAAUAACAGUACAGAGAGUCUGUUUUCUCUGGAUGAAAUGACGAUUUUUGUGAAUUUUGCAAAGCUCAAACGGAACCUAUUUAAAGUGCAAAAAUGAAUAAACAACAAAAAUACGAACGAUGAACGCAGUAGAUGACAAUGGUUAAAAGCGAUUCAUCGAGUCAGUUAUUUCUAUUCAACGCUGCCAGUUAAUUGUUGGAACUUGUUCAUCGAGAUCGCAAUUCCGCUAGUUCGAGCAAAGAGAGUCCCAGGAUGAGGAAGAACGAGUCGAUGAGAAUGCGAGAAAGUGUUGUCUGAAGCGUUGGACUGAAAGAAGUCAGGGGUGCGUAGCCUAGUUUCACAUCGGUCCAUGAGAAUCCAUACCGAGGAUCAAGAAGGUACAAAUCACGCCGGAAUCCAACGGAACUUAUUCUAAAAGAGGCAACAAACAAUACGAAUUGUAAUAACGAUAAUUAAACUCUUAUUGUUCUUCGAGCGAUUCUCUUUAUUAAAUGUAGCGCCCACGAAAUUGUUCCCAAUCUUUUUCACCCGUCGUUGUUCGAGAAAUUCGUGCACCCCUGAUGCGAAGUCCGUGUUUUGCAACAUACCUAGCUUAGCUGUCUUUGUAUAAUACGGUUCUAGGACUUGGCGAGAGCAACGGCCAUAGGAGACUAGAUCAUAAAUUACAUGUUCAAUUAACGACUACGGAUCACGCGAGAAACUGAUCACCAUUAAGUUUAAGAGAGUGGUCCCCGAAUCUGUGCACCAUCAUAAAGCUGAGGAUGUCCUGCCAAUAUAUGAAAGUCAUUAGUUUUUAUCUGUUUUAGUUAACGAGAGACCGUUGAUCCGGACUGCUUGAAGGUGAAGAGUAUUUGAAGUUGAAUGGGGUUCCGAAUUGAUAAGGUUCUAUCGUUGGAACAUCUUGAUUGUUAACGUUUUACAAAAUUUUGGGUCGUAGAAGUUAGCUUCUCGAUUUUUUUGGGGGAGAAGACGGGGAUUAACAAAGAUAUUUCUGCCUUUCCUUUGCAUCGUAUUUAAGAGCAGUUCCAUACAGAGAUAUAUUACUUUAAAGAAGUCAAAAUUAUAAAAGAAAAAUAAUCAUAGCUCAUAAAUACGGUAGUAGAAAUUUUAAUUGAUGCGGUUUGAAUUAAUGGGGAUUUCACUUUGCACAAAAAAUGAGAGAAUAGUGACAUAGCAGAACCUCGUUAAUUCGGGCUCGCUAAGUUGUCCAGAUUAACAAGAUUGCACCGAAUUAGCAACAAAGGGAAAAGCUAAAAUGUUGUACCUUGAAAUUGUAAGUCUUAUCAGGCUCGACAACGCGGAACAAACGGUUCUUUAUACCUGACAUAUUUCACUUUUCGUUCUAAGAAGGUCAGGUGAAUGUUGAUAAUGAUGGUGAUUGACGUGUAUCGUCGGACGCGUUCGAACGAUAUUCAAAAUUCCAAAGCAACAAACGUCUGUGUAAACUUACUGGUGAUCGAGUGUAACAGGACAAUAUUACAUAUACAUAUAUAAACGCAUAUUUUAUCGAGAAUCAUAGAGCAGUAGCAAUCUAUGUAACUCUCCCCUGUAAGCUAGCGAAAGACAACACAAUAUUUAGAAACAAAAAAAGAAAAAAAAACGAAUGCUAUAUGAAAUCUUUCGUCGACCAUUAAUACGUUCAGUGCCACGAAGGAUCUCGAGAUUCCUUCUAGCUUCACCUUUACCAUUGUAACACCUUCAUUCUCAUCCGAAUGGUUUGAGCCCUGAACUUAUUGUUAGAUCACGACCACCCGUGUGUUUUGAUCUCUCAACCAACACGAUAUGAAAUCAAAAUGAUCUACACUGUUCUUUAAGACUGUUCAAAAUAAUUAGAGGAUUAUCUGUCCGAAUAAUUUCAACGCUCUGCAAGGUAUAAGUUCAUAAAUCAGACAUUUAAGUGGUCGUAUACAGUGUUCGGUUCAGUUUUUCGAAUUGUUCGGAGACACUGAUCUUCUAACUAUAUCGAGCAACGUCGCAGUCUAUUAUUUAUUGGAAACGUUUGUAGUUCCGCAACAAUUUAGUCCAGAACGAAGAACAUGUACAGUGAUACAUGUACCUAGUAAGAUAAAUUAUACGUUUCAGCUCUUUUGUUCUGUCCGGGUCGAAUCAAUCCCAUUUCAUCGGUUGGGAAUUAAUGUUAACACAUUACUGGCAAACGGCGUAUAAUAAUAUCUCUAAAGGGUAUAGCCGGAUAAGAUGGUCAAAAGUGCCCUUGAGCCAAACUGAUCAGUGAACAUAUCAGUUAAUAGACCAUUCAAAGAAAACCAUUUGUGUCAAAUAUCAACCCCGUACCCUUACUGAGAGGGUAGUUACAGGGCGUAACGCAAUUUUCAGUUUAAGCUGUAUAUCUUUUGUUGUAUUGUAUCAAAGAGUUUGAAAAAAAUUGGGGGUAUUUUACUCUACGGCGUACGUAUUUGUGAAUUUUUUCCGAAUUUUUCACCGCAAAAUGGAUUUUUAAAAAAUUCGAAAAGUAUAAAAAUAUAAUAAUU